AUGGCUUCUUCGCAUGAUGGCGCCGGACACAAUUCGCUCCCAGAGUUUGGCUCCGAAGUGCUAAAGCACUUCCUAUUCGACUCCGACUACCGCAAUCUCAAUCAUGGCUCAUUCGGAACAAUCCCACGCCAUAUCCAGAACCGGUUGCGCCACUACCAGGAACUGUAUGAAGCGCGCCCGGAUCAGUUCAUCCGUUAUGACCUGCCGAAGCUCUUGGACAAGUCCAGGGAGGCCGUGGCGAAGCUUCUCAACGCACCAACGGAGACUGUGGUCUUCGUGCCCAACGCGACCAUCGGAAUCAACACGGUGCUUCGUAACCUAGUCUGGAAUGAUGACGGGAGGGACGAGAUCCUCUACUUCAAUACGGUCUACGGCAGCUGUGGCAAGACAAUCGACUACAUCGUCGACUCUAACAGUGGACUUGUCUCGGCCAAAGAGAUCACGAUUGCUUAUCCUUUCGAGGACGACGAAGCCGUGGCCAAGUUUAGGCACGCAGUUGAUAGCUCCAGAUCGGUAGGAAAGAGGCCCAGGGUGUGCCUUUACGACACUAUUUCUAGCCUACCCGGUGUCGUUUUCCCUUUCGAAAAUAUUACGCGGGAAUGCAGGAAGUAUGGCGUGCUCAGUCUCGUCGACGGCGCACAAGGCAUUGGGCAGAUCAAGCUCGACCUGACGGCCCUGGAUGCCGACUUCUUUACGACCAACUGUCACAAAUGGCUCCAUACCCCUCGGGGAUGUGCAAUUCUCUACGUGCCAUUGAGAAACCAAGCGCUGGUCCCGUCCACCCUUCCGACGUCCCACGGCUACGUUGCCAAAACAGGGGCCCGCUUCAACCCUCUUCCCCCGACCACAAAGUCCCCUUUCGUCAGUAAUUUCGAGUUCGUCGGUACCGUUGACGCGAGUCCGUUCUUGUGUGCGAAGGAUGCAGUCAAGUGGCGCGAGGAGGUGUUGGGCGGCGAGGACCGCAUCAUGGCGUAUACGGAAUGGCUCGCUCGAGAGGGAGGCAAGAAAGCCGCGCAGAUUGUCGGGACCAAGAUCAUGGACAACAAGACAAGGACGUUGACCAAAUGUGCCUUGGUUAACAUUGCCAUGCCAAUUCACGUCAGCUCAUCCAACAGGAGCUCAUCGGCAACCACCACAAGCACCGGAUAUUCUAGUUCUGUUUCAAUGCCCACCGGAGAAGCUUCUGUGGUGUGCCAGUGGAUGUCAGAGGUGCUGGUCAAAGACUACAAAACGUUCAUCCCAUUCUUCAUCAGCGCUGGUCAGGUAUGGGCAAGACUGAGUGCGCAGGUAUAUCUUGACAUGCGCGAUUUCGAAUGGGCUGGGAAAGUCUUACUAGAUUUGGCUCAAAGAGUGGGCAAGAGGGAAUACAAGAUCAAAGAGCGACUGUAG